UAAUUAGAGAGCCACUGCCCUUGAAAAAGAAUCAGAUGGAAACCACCUAAACUUUGAGAUGCCUUAUGAAGUCAUUUAUCAACCCCUCAAAUUUAACAAUAUGGCGUUACAUGUCUCUACCCACGCUUAUCCUGUGUACGCCAUUAUCGCUGCAUUACUCCUCCUUCUCCUUAGAAAUCGGUUUAGGAAAGAUCUGAGAGAUAUUCCCGGUCCAACUCUCGCCAAAUACACCCGGCUAUGGAAGCUUCAUAAUGUUUGGAAGGGCGACCACCACAAUACCGCAAUUUCAUUGCAUAGAAAACAUGGACAUCUCGUCCGUAUUGGCCCCAAACACAUCUCGGUUGGAGAUCCCAAGGCUAUCCCUAUCAUAUAUGGCUUGAACAAGGGUUUUACCAAGACGGCCUUCUACCCUAUCCAGUGCAUCUCGUGGAACAAAAAGCCACAGAUGAACCUCUUCUCCGAUCGUGACGAACAACAUCAUCGCGAACAAAAGCGCUUAGUUGCAAAUGCAUACAGCCUAAGCUCACUUCUUGAGAUGGAGCCCGGUGUUGACUCGUGCACACAAAUCUUCCUCGAUAAGCUUGGUAGCUUUGCGGACCGGAAGGAACCAGUGGAUUUGGGUGCAUGGCUGCAGUAUUACUCCUUUGACGUGAUUGGUGAAUUUGUCUUCGCUAAGAAACUCGGAUUUCUCGAAGAAGGCCAGGACGUCGACGGUAUGAUUCAGGCCAUUCAAGGAAUGCUCGUUUAUGCUAGCCUCUGCGGCCAAGUCCCAGAAAUGCACCAUGUCUUGCUGGGCAACCCACUGUUCCCCAUCUUCCUGCCUCAGAUGGAGACCUGGAACUCGGUGGUGACAUUCAGCCUGAAAGCGAUCAACUCACGGUCAUCUUUGAAGCGUGACGGAGAGUUGGAGAAAGAGGACCUCGAAGCAGGGAAAGAUAUGAUGUCAAAGUGGAUGGCAGUUCAUCAGCUUAACCCUGAAAAGAUGACUACGACCGACGUGAUGGUCCAUCUUUCAGCAAAUGUGUUUGCCGGUUCUGAUACUACGGCCAUUGCCCUCCGUGCAGUAUUCUAUUUUCUCAUCCGCAACCCAACAGUAAUGCUCAAAGUCCACGAAGAGAUAGGCAAUGCGACACGUGAAGGGAAGCUGAGCGACCCAAUAUCGUACCGUCAGUCGAUGACCCAUCUGCCAUAUCUUGGGGCUGUCAUUAAGGAGGCUAUGCGUCUCCACCCAUCCACCGGGUUGAUUAUGGAGCGCCAUGUUCCAAGUGAAGGUGCAAUUAUUUGUGGUAAGAAGAUCCCCGCCGGAACAGUCGUUGGCAUAAACGCAUGGGUCGUGCACAGAGAUCCCAAGGUUUUCGAGGAUCCCGACUCAUUUACUCCGGAGCGAUGGCUGGAUAGCUCGCCCGAGAAGCUCAAAGAGAUGGAACAGAGUUUCUUCGUCUUCGGUGCUGGAGCUCGGACCUGCCUAGGAAAGAACAUCUCUCUGACGGAGAUGCACAAGAUGAUACCGGAGUUAUUGCGUAAAUUCGAGAUCAAGUUGCAUAAACCGGAAGAGGAAUGGAAGACGAAGAAUGUCUGGUUUGUGCAGCAGGAAGGGUUGAUCUGCGACAUUAGGCGAAGAACAUAAGAGCCUAGUGUGACAUCCAAUCUCCGCUCGGAAGAUUCAUCUUCGAUCGUAACUGAAGCGUCAACUCUCCAGUGCAAUUUUCUCCAUAGUUCAAGUAGGUAAUAGUCAAUGCAUUUAAGUUUUUUCAUGUACUGUACAAAAAUGAAUAAUCCAACUCCGAUUCCAUGACGUUUUAACAGAUUGUUACAGCCCAAAGCAAGCUUUGUUGGCCGAUCGCAAGGCCUCCUUCUCACCCUCGCUCAUAUCCUCUGUGAUCUUCCAGGGCGUGUUACCGAGACCCAGUGCUCGCUGUCCCUCUGCAUCCAGCGAGGACCAGUCCAUAGCUCCCUUGAAUCCAAACUCGCCAGGACCACCAGCACCAGGGAAAUCCCACGGUGGCGAGAAGUCAAUUGCAGCCUGGCGCUGCUUCAGAAGGUACUCAAUGUUCAUGUCGCACAAGGGGGUGGCAGGGAUGUAGAGCACGCUCGAGUCACUCUUGCCACGGUGCUCCUUAUCAACAGAGUGGAGCAUAUCGCAAUGCCAGGCAACAAAGUCACCGGGUUCAACGGUCGGCACAGGCACCAUAGUCGUCUCCAGCUCCAGCUGCGGGUGGGUUACUGGGUUAUACUCCUGGCAGGCACCGGGAACAGAGCCAGGGAAGGUGGCGUCUAAGUUGGGCUGCUGGCUCUGAAGAUCGAAGAACGGGCGCAGGAUUGUAUACGCGGUGCUGUGAACAAUCAUGGGGCACACGUGCAAAGAACCCUCGCCGGGGCCAGUGUCGGACAUUGACAUCCAGCCCUGGAAAAAGCGAAGCAUGGAACAGGCACCAGCACCGUUGUACAGGUCCAUCUUGGCAUUUACGCGGUGCUUCGCAUCCCA